UAUUUUGCAUGAGUAGGAAUCUUAGCCUCUAUAAAACGAGUUUUCUGAGGUGAGGUUGUUAUUCAUAUCUAGAAAACACCAUGAGUCCUCGUCUCACGCUGGGUGCUCUGAUCUUGCUGGCAUGUUGCAUGUCUACAGGAGCAGUGAUGACAGACAUCUGUGAAGGUCAGCAGACCACGCUGAACUGUGGAAGUUCUGUGAUCAACGUGGUCAGUGCUAACUAUGGACGCACAGACAGUGUGACCUGCAUCUCUGGUCGUCCAGCCAAUCAGAUUAGCAAGACCGACUGCAUCAACCCCAAAACCUUCCCGUUGGUGGCAAGCAUAUGCAAUGGAAAGACAAGCUGUUCUCUGGAUGCCUCCAACUCUGUGUUCUCUGAUCCCUGUUUUGGAACCUACAAAUACCUGAAUGUUAACUAUGUCUGCAUUCCCCCAAAGACGACAGACAUCUGUGAGGGUCAGCAGGCCACCCUGAACUGUGGAAGUUCUGUGAUCAACGUGGUCAGUGCUAACUAUGGACGCACAGACAGUGUGACCUGCAUCUCUGGUCGUCCAGCCAAUCAGAUUAGCAAGACCGACUGCAUCAACCCCAAAACCUUCCCGUUGGUGGCAAGCAUAUGCAAUGGAAAGACAAGCUGUUCUCUGGAUGCCUCCAACUCUGUGUUCUCUGAUCCCUGUUUUGGAACCUACAAAUACCUGAAUGUUAACUAUGUCUGCAUUCCCCCAAAGACGACAGACAUCUGUGAGGGUCAGCAGGCCACCCUGAACUGUGGAAGUUCUGUGAUCAACGUGGUCAGUGCUAACUAUGGACGCACAGACAGUGUGACCUGCAUCUCUGGUCGUCCAGCCAAUCAGAUUAGCAAGACCGACUGCAUCAACCCCAAUACCUUCCCGUUGGUGGCAAGCAUAUGCAAUGGAAAGACAAGCUGUUCUCUGGAUGCCUCCAACUCUGUGUUCUCUGAUCCCUGUUUUGGAACCUACAAAUACCUGAAUGUUAACUAUGUCUGCAUUCCCCCAAAGACGACAGACAUCUGUGAGGGUCAGCAGGCCACCCUGAACUGUGGGAGUUCUGAGAUCAACGUGGUCAGUGCUAACUAUGGACGCACAGACAGUGUGACCUGCAUCUCUGGUCGUCCAGCCAAUCAGAUUAGCAAGACCGACUGCAUCAACCCCAAAACCUUCCCGUUGGUGGCAAGCAUAUGUGAUAAAAAGAAAAGCUGUUCUCUGGUUGCCUCCAACUCUGUGUUCUCUGAUCCCUGUUAUGGAACCUACAAAUACCUGGAUGUUACCUACACCUGCAUUCCCCCAAUGAGUAUUGUUGGGUAGAAGGAGUGGACCAUUCCUGGAACAGCCUGGACCCGGGGGUGAAUCUGUUCCAAUGACGAAGACUAGUUCAAUAUUGAAUACAUUCCUCCAUUUGCAUGCAUCAGUAUGUUGUGGUUGUUUCCAGAGAGGUCAGAAACACAUCAGGGUCAAGAUAAUCAGUGAUACAGGAAGCACAUGAUUCACUAACCCCACUGAGACCAAAAAAGUCCAGAGCAAAGCUCUGAGUUAAAACAAAUACAACUUAGUUCCAAAUCCUUAUCCAAGGCAUUACUACAUCCUUAAGUAUCCUGUUCUUAGUCUAAUGUUAUGCAAUUAUACUCAUAUGAAAUGUAGGCCUAGUUUUCAACCCUUUCCAGCCGGAUCAUGCAAAACAAUUAUUCCAAUGGUCCCUGCCUUUAUUAUUUUCGCUGUCCACACCUAUUUUUAUUUCUGAACUGCCAGAUACUCGUGACAACAGCUGAUUAACAUCUAAUUGGUUAAGGGGUUACUGGGCAUGAAUACUACACCUAUCGUUAAUAUUGUCACAUCUUCCCCACAUAUUUGAAUGAGCCUAUUUUGGUUCUGAGCUGAGCGGACAAAAAAACAGUUGGCUAACGUUGAAAAACAUUAGAUUUGUUAUUGCAAAACUCAAUAAAAAAACGUUUCACAGUAUCUCUACUUUACCCAAUGAUUCUCGUGUACUUUUACACCAUUGCAGCAGUGGCGAAAAUCUGCUAUCAACUUUGGGGGGGACAAUUAUAUGACAUUUUCUCAAGAGCAAUUCCUGAGGGGGACACCAAAAUUACUGCUGUAACACAUAGCACAUUAAAAAAGCGCCAUUGUGUCCAUAAUCAGCAAAGUGCUUUCAUUGCGUAUAAUUAAUAUUAUUGAAAUUACAUAUUUAUGUUUACAGUGAUUUAUUGGGAGGGACAAAUCAUAUUUUUCCUAGGAUGUGGGGGGUCGUGUCCCCCGGGAUUUCCGCCUAUGCAUUGCAGUACAACGUGGUGAAUCAAAUCAAUAGGUGCGUUCG